UUGCUUGCUUUUGCAUAGAACUGUUCUGUUCUCAGCCUAAUGAAACCCUAAACAGGGUUUUGCAAGCAAGUGGUCAAGUCCGUUUUGCUUGAAAAUAAAAGGAAAAGAACUCCUAGUGUUCUUUAACACGAUUCUUGCAGGCUUUAAAGAUACUAUGUAAUAAUUUUUAAAGAGCCCUAUACAAAUCCCUCAGAUUUAUAAUGUGUAAACGAUUUAGUUUCUUUAAAAUUACUCCUUGUUUUUGAAAAUCUUUAUUCUUGCAAAGAUUCAAGUUUCAAAGGCCAUGAAUGUAUUGAUAAUCAGAUUGUUUUAAUUCUUGACAUUGUAGAAUUGAUGUAUUUUUAAACUUCUCGGCAUUGGGUAUGUACAGCAGUGAAACAGAUGCAGUCCUGCCUCAUUAGAGAAGCCAGUGCUUAAACAUAGAAUUACAAAACUACUUGAUAUUAUUGGCGUGGCGAGGACAUCUCUUAGCCCAGUCUUGUAAAGUCAGGAAAAUCUCCGUCCCCAGGGAGGUGAGGACCAAAAACCAGAGCACCCCUGUACUCGGCCAAGGAAUACCUGUUGAGUGGCUGCCGUCGCAGUGUAUUGAAAUGUGACAUUAAGCACUGUACCGUAUAUCCGUUCUGCCAUAGAGCUUUAUUCAACUAAGCAAGGGGAGUAAAAAGCAUAUAAAAUAUCUACUGUAGUAAGUGGAAUGCAGGCGGAUGCAGUGGAGAAAAAUAAAAGCCAGCUGGGAAGCUGGAAUGGGAAGUGCCAGGUGGAGGGGAGCAAGAUUCUCUUCUAAAUAAGGAGGUUGGGGAGAUGAAGGAGGAGAGAAAGCAGAUUCCUAAGGGAGGAUCGUUCAGGUGAAGAGUACAACUACCCCGAAGGCUUGUGAGCAGGAGCAUUCCUGCAUGUUUGGGAAACGGCAGAGAGACUGCAGUACAGGAGAAAGUAAUAAGAUGAAAUCCCAAAGAGGUGUGGGCAGGAGGUCGUGUAGGUGAUUGAAAGGUCUCUGACAUUAAUAGGAUGGGAAGCCCUGGGAGGGUUUUAAGCAGAUGAGGGUAUGACCUGACUUUUAAAAAUAAUUAUGUCCUUUAAAUUGUAUUUAGCAUAGACCAUGGAAGCAAAGAUUGAAGCAGAAAGACUGACUACAAAGCCAAAGUAGUAAUCCAGGUGAUUGUGGUGGUUUGGACUAGAGGGAUGGCUGUGGAAGCAGUGAGAGGAGGCUGGAAGCUAGAUGUGUUUCCAUACUAUAGCCAGAAGGUUUUGCUGGAAGGUUAGAUAUGAGAGAGAGUCAAAGAUUACUUUGCAGUUUGUCCUGAGCAAAUAAAGUGAUCUCUAUUGUCAUGGAAAAGUGCACUGAUUUGUAUGCCGGACAAGGGUGAGGUCAGUGGUUUAGAAACUUGGCCAUGCUAAGAGGCCUUGCCUCUAAAACAUUCAAGUUGAGGUGUGAAAGAGGGAGUUCAAUAAUUGAGUCUUCAGAAGGAGAAGGUCUAGCUGUUAGAUGCAAUUUUGGCUAUCAUGGUAUUUUCCUUCAGGAUUGAGUAUUGAACCCAAGGCCUUCACAGCAGGGGCUCAAACUUGUGAUUUUUCUUCCUCAGCCUCCCAAAGCGCAUAGUAAUAUUUUGAUCGUAGUUGUUGAUAUCACCAAAGGAAGCAGUACAUGGGAGUUUGUGUGUAUUUGAAAGGUGACAAUGAAGGACUAGUCAGUGAAGGCAGGAAAAUUGUAAGUGUGGUAUUCUAAAGGCUAACCGAUGAAAAGGAUUAAGGAGAGAGGGGUGAUGUUGUGUUAAAUGUCGCAGUCAAGUGAGUGAGGAUUAACAGUUAUCCACAAUUUUUAGCAUUUGUGGAGGUUAAAUAAAAAUUAUAGGAGGCCACUGUUUUGGAACAGGCUCUUGCACAGGGUUCAAACAGAUAAGACUAAAAAUCAAACUAGAGUUACUCAUGCUGAAGUCUCACAUCACCAAACUAAAACUUAAAUAGUUAUCUGACCUUUAGAGAAAUGAGAGGAGAGAGCCAGAUUUUCUAACCAGACCAAUUAGCAUGACAGUGAACUAACUUCCCUCUGCUUUAAUCUGUUUAUCUUUAAUCCUUGGUGGAGAGAGCCCUUCCCAGAUCUAAUCUAUUGAGGAAGUUUACAUUUGUAAUCCAAUGUAAAAGUUACUGUAACUCCAAUAAAUUCAUUCCAAACUACCACUUCCAGUGCACCCCAUGGAGAGAAUAAGGACACUAAGAUGUACUUACAGUUUUGGGGAGCCAGAGGACUCUACAUCCAGCCAAGAUAGUGGGUCACUGGAACAAAGGCCACAGCCCAGGGCCCAACUGUGAUUUAUUAACUGGGUGAAGAGGGGCGUGGCUUGAGGAUGAGUGACUGUGGGAAUGGUGUGAGGUGUGUGUGGUGCUGUAUGCCUGCCAGGCAGGAGGCCUGAAAGCGCCUCUGUGAUUCGCAGAGAGAAGGGUAUGCAGAAAAACUCAUUUGCGCGACAUAACUGAGAUAGCGUCUAAUGUUUUGGAGCCUGGGUCCUGGAUCUGCUUAAUUUCUGAUACAUAAACUUUUCUGCCCUGAAGUCAUCCCCUCUUAUCUCAAGGUUCAUCCCAGUGGGCUGAGUGAGCCUAGUGGCUCUUCAUCCUGUGCAGCUCAGCAGUGUAUUUUGGGGAGUCACCAGGUGGGGAAACUGACUAUCAUAGCUUCAAAGAUUACACAUCAGCUCCUCAGCUAAUUACAUUUCAUAAGGCCAAUUGAAGGGAUAAAGAAAUGGCCUGGCCAGCUCUGUACGUAUCAGAACAUGGAGAGAGGGCCAGGUUUAGCCAAAAUGGAAAUAAUUGCUCUUAUUCAAGGAAAGUCAUCCAGGUGGUCCGCCAAACUUAGAAGCAGUAAAUUGAAAUAAUUUGAUGUUACUGAGUAAUUGUUCUGUUGUUCUCUGUCGUUUCUCAUGCGAUAAGGAGAGUAACUUUGAAAUGACCAGUCUGAUUUUUGUUCUUUGUUCCUGUUCUCCUCAGCCCUUUUAUAAAACCAGUAACUUCUCUGCCCAUUGAAACAUUUGUUUUGUUUUAUGAAAUGAAGUGUUGCCAGAUUCUAAAACUGAAAGUAAGGUCUUUAAAUUGUAAUUUUGUCUUUGACAAGGUCCUUGGAGAUCUUGGUGAAGUGAAGGGUCCCGAAGGCUGAUGAACAUUUCAUGUAAGAGAGAUGGGAGAGCUAGACGAUGGAUGUGGCACCUCUUGAACUUCCUUUUGAAGACGUCUAGCCUGUUUUUGACUCUAUUUCAUGCAGAUCUUAGCUCAGAUAUCACUUUCUCCAAAAAGUGACCCUGAUCAGAGAAAUAAAUGCUUCUCAUACACUUAUUGAACAUAUGCCUUUACUUACUAAUAUGUUAGAAAUGCUGAUUUAUAAUCCUCUGGGUCAUAAUUUGGUUUAUCUGGCUGUUCCAGUAAAAAGGUUAAGCAUCCAAGAGCAGAGACUACCUGUUUUUAACCUGACUACACACCUGUACCUAAUAUAAACUCAAUAAAUGUAUGAUACAUGAAUAAAAGAAUGGGUAUAAGGAAAAAUGUAAUACUAUGUUACAGAACUUUCAGAGGUGUUGCAUAAUUACUCUGUUGUUUACAAACCCAAGGUAAAUUGGAUGAGAAAAAAUAUAUUGUAAUGAAAACCUUUUAGAACAUUGGCCUUAAAAGAAAAAUGACCUUACUGUUUGUGAAAUGUAGUUCAUGAGGCAGGAUUAGCUAAUAUUUUCAGUGUUCCUAUAAACCUCAUUCAGUUAAAAGAUAAGGUUUGAGCUGUAGUUUGCCUAGCAUGUACUAGGCCUUGGGUUUCAUCUCUAGCACUGGAGAAAAAAAAAGAAAAAAUACUAGGAGCUGGGUGCCUAGGUAAAAUCCUGUAGUUCCAGCUACUUGGGAGGCUGAGGCAGGAGGAGCCUAGGAGUUUGAGACCAGCCUAACCAUCAUGAGCGUGCACUGAAAAAACCAAAAAAUAGGACAUUCUGUGCAAUGCAGUGUAAAAGAGUAAGAAAGGUGUUGCCACUUAAAGUGAGUGCUGUCCAGUAAGGAAAAAUUAACUGAUUGUUCUCCGAGUGGCCUCAUAGUGGCAUUCAUUAUGUAAUUCAUUGAUGAAUAUGCUAAUUCAAAAAACCAGUACACUAGGGCCAGGAGUGGUGGCACAUACCUGUAAUUCCAGCACUCGGGAGGCUGAGGCAAAAGGGUUGUUGUGAGUUGGACUCACAGCCUGGACUACAAGGUGAGCUCAAGGCCAGCAUAUCGAGAUCCUGUCUCAAAAAGAACCCCCCCCCAUAAUUAAAAAAAAAAAACAGUGCUCUAAGUAUGGGCUUAGAAAUAGUUCUCUAGUCUUAUGGAUUAAAAACCGAUGGUCAAUUUAACUGAAAGAGUUUUGGUCCAGACAAGACACUGUAGCCAGUAAAGCCUCAGGGGGAAUCAAGGAGCUCCAUCUCCCCACCCCUAGGAAUUUACCUCUGUCGCCAAAAGAAUACCAAUGGGCUGGCUACCUGUGCAUCACUAAUGCCCCUUAGGUUCCAAACCUAGGCUACUUAUAUGCCUCCACUCCACGUGUUCCAGUGGGUGUCUCCAAAUAAAGGUCACUUAUAUUUCAGACUUCUUAUCUUUUCAGCCACCGCCAGUCCCCCACAGUUCUAUCAAACGCCCGCUGAAUUAAAUCAGCCUGGUGCUGAGUGUAGAUGGUCCACCUGAGGAAAGUUGCCGGCAUAAAUAGAGACGUGGAGAAGGAGAAGCUGGGUGUUGCAGGUUUCUCCUAGGUGCUGCUGUCUGAACCGUUGGGGGAGCUCGCCAUGACUAGCUUCCCCAGUGUGAAUUCGACCAUUGUCAUUAGAGGAACUGGGGACCGAAAGAGUUUUCUGCUUGGUUAGAAGAUAGAAUAUAAAGUAAAGUGGCCCUUAUUUUAAGAAUGUGGAGAGAGGGGCUGGAGAUUUAACUCAGUGGGGUAAGGGCCUGCCUUGCAAGCAGGCAGUCAUGAGUUCGAUCCCCAGUACCGAUAAAAAGGAAAAAGACAAAAAAAAAAAAAAAAAAAAGAAUGCGGAGAGAAGACCCACCACCACCGCCGCCGAGGUCUGGCUUUCUGUCUGCCGGAUACCUGGUGUGGGGGCUUACAGGUGGCUUAGGUUUGGGGUGGAGCCUAAGGGGCAUUACUGAUGCACAGGUAGCCCAUUGGAAUUCGUUUAGCGCCACAGGUAAAUUGCCUAGGGGCAGUAAAGGUGACCUUUGCCUGUCAGCACUGCAGCGUCCUCUUUAGAGCAAAAUCCUUUCAGGGACCUUGGUGGGUGUGGCUGUGGUUCACUUUGGGGAGCUCUGGUCCUUACAUUGAGCAUCGCUUCCUGGCUCCAGAGGGAAAGACGUGUGCCGCUUAAUCUCCAGGACAAAUUGGUCACACUGGCUUUCUGGCAUGUACUUGACUGUGUUUAUCGUUGGAGGAGCUCAGGACCUCCAUGUCGCUGUGGAUGGCUGUGGUGCUUUUCAGGACAGCCCUGGUCUUUAUUAGGAGCAUGACUUCUCAGCUCCAGUGUAGAACCCUCAACCUAUAGCACAGCUCCUUCACCCCGCUGGCAUAGACUUUCUAGCUUUUAAAGCUGAUUUUUGGCCCUUCCCAGCAUGGAUCUGUAAAAGACACUAGCGUGAGUCCUCCUGGGCUGUAGACCUCCAGUUGGAGUCGUGGGAGGCAUUGUCAUGAGCUCUAGAUUUUCAUCUGGACUUAUGGAGGACGUUGUGGGAUUCAAGCCCUCAACUGAAUAUAGUAUUGUGGACAGAUUUCCUGCACUUUCUUGUGUUAACUCUGAGUGACUAUCAUAAAUAAUAUUAUAAAUUCCAUGUCCUGAUUUUAACUGUUCUGUGUACAGCCCCUGACUACAAGAGCUGGUGUACCAGAGUUUGAGAUAUAUAUGUGUGUGUUUAUAUAUAUGUUAAAUAUAUGAAUUACAGUCAGAUGAUUGAUAAAUUUCUUGGGGUGCCAAUUUUUUACUAGCUUUUUAUUUUUUAUUUUUUGGUUUUUAGGGACAGGGUCUUGCUAUAUAGUUCAGACAGCCCUGAACUCACCGCGUAGCCCAGACUGACUUCAAAUGUAUGGCCAUCCUCCUGUCUCAGCCUCCUGAGUGCUGAGAUUACAGGCGUGUGCUACCAUGCCUAGCAACUUUGAGAUGUUGCCAAGUAGAUAGCAUACUGAUUCUCUGACAAGGUUUUGUUUUUUGUUUCCUUUAUUUUUAAAUUUUUAUUAGUACAUAUAAACAGUCCAUAUGAUUAUAUUCAUUGCGGAAAAUUGGAACAUAUACAUAACACAUCUCAAUUCUUUUUUUUUUUCUUUUCCUCCACCCCUCCUUUUUUUUCCAGCAUCAGGUUCAUUUAUUUCAAGUCCUUAUAAAGUUAUUAUCAUACAUACAGAUUAACAGCCAGACUAAGAGGCCAAAAAACAUGUAAAACAUAUCAGAUAAUAUAUAAAUCGAUCUACAGUUUUAGAUAUAUUGUGCAUUCUGUGUUCCAAUAAUGUUUUUUCUUUUAUUCCUGUUAUCUGUCUUUUAUUUUGUACUUUGCAUAUUGAGUCUCUCAUAUGAAAGAAAUGAAAUGAUAUUUAAAGUUGUGGGACUUAUUUGCUUCACUUAACAUUAUGGCCUGUUUGGUAUUUGGCUAUUUUAUGUCUCAGCAUAUGAGAUUUCUUUCUUUCUUUCUUUUUUUGUUUCAAUUUUAAAGGGAAUAAAAUAGAACAAUAAAAUGAAUCGAAACAGUGAUAAAUAGGAAGUCUAGAGUAGUUACUAUAGUAGGAAGUAGGAAGUAGUUAGUCCAGUAGGAAGUCUAGAGUAGUUACUAUAUUACAUAUUGUCCUUGCUUUGAGGCUUGCAAAGUUAAGCGAUACAGUUCCUCCAAGUCAGCUGGUUGCUAGGCUGUAUGUCCAAGUCAGCUGGUUGCUAGGCUGUACGAGGGGGGCUCUUCUCUCCUCAGCCAGUGCCGCUCAGCUCACAGGCUGGGGCUUCGCUUCCAUCCUGUUCUCCCUGAGAGCUCAUUACUUUUUGUCGCUGACUAAUAACCCAUUGUAUAUGUAUACCAUCGUGUGUUUAUUCAUUUGUUUUUUUGAAGGAUGUCUUGGUUGAUUUCAGUUUUAGGCAAUUAUGAAUAAAAUUGUUACAAACAUUCACUUGCAGGUUUUUUGUGAAUUCGCUUUCUGCUCUUUGGAGUAAAUAACUAGGACUAUGAUUGGUUGUUUAAAUGGUAACCCUGUGUCUAUUUUUUUGAGCAACUCACCAAUCCACUACUGUUUUUGUGGAUGAGAGAUUCUGUGGCUCCACAUCUUUGCCAGUAUUUAGUAUGGUUGGUGUUAUGACCUGUGACUAAAUGUCUCCCCCAAAGCUUCAUGUGGUCAUAGGUGGGGCUUUUUCAGAGGUGGCUGGAGUAGAGUAUGAGACAAGGAUUGAUUGAUGGUGCAGUGCUGGAAUCCCUGCGGAGCCUGGAUAAGAAAUCAGGGUGGAGAGAGGUGUGGUCACCCACUGCUUGCUUGCCUUGCUACCUCUGCCCAGCUGAACUGUUUCUCCUCUGCCCCGCCCCUCCCUUAGAGCCAGCUGGUGGUGGGCUGAAAGUUCUACAAACUGUGAGCCAAGGUAAACUUUCCCUCCCUUGACUUGUGGAUGUUCACUGUUUUGUCUCAGCAAGGAGAAAAGUAGCUAAGACAGUGUUUUGGAUUUUUAACUAUUCUGGUAAAAAUGUAAUAAUAUCGCACUAUUGUUUUAAUCUCUGUAGUAACAUGUUGAGCUUCUAUGCUGUUUUUAAUUUUAAUGAAGUCUAGCUUAUCAGUUUUUUCUUUUAUCAAUCAUGGUUUUAGCAUUGUAUCUAAAAAGUCAUUGCCAUACUCAGGGUUAAUUUGAUUUUUCUCCUAAGUUAUCUUCUAAAGUUUUAUAGUUUUGUGUUUUAUUCAUAGUCUAUAAUCCAUUUUGAGUUAGUUUUUUUUUUUUUUUUUUUGAAAGGUCUGUACCUGGACUUAUAUUUUUGUUAUGAAGUUUCUACUGGAGAGCCAUGUGUGGUGACACAUACCUGCAAUCUCAGCACUCAGGAGGCUGACACAGGAGGAUUGCCACAAGUUCGAGGCCAACCUGGGCUAUAUAGUUAGUUCAGGUCACCUUCAACUACAUAGUUGAGACCCUGUCUCAAAAAAAAAAAAAAAAAAAGGUUUCUGCUGGAUCUGAAAGUAUUAAUUAUUGGUCACUGAUACUAAAAGAUAACAAAACUUUUUUUGUUUUUGUUUUUGAAAUAGUCUCACUAUGUAGUCCAAGCUGGUCUUGAACUCACUAAAAUUUUUUUCUUUAACCUGUUAACAUUGCUAUUAGCACAGAUUUGUUUUUCACCUUCUCAUUUUCAGUAUCUUUACAAAUAUAAUUCCAUACAUUUCCUUUCUUUCUUUCUUUUUCUUUUGGUCGGUAUCAGGGAUCGAACUCAUGACCGCCUGCUUGCAAGGCAGGUACUUAUGCCGCUGAGCUAAAGCCCCAGCCCCUAUAUGUGUAUCUUUAUGUGUAUGUGCCCAGAUGAAUCAUAAAACUUCGUUCUUAAAUUUCAAAUUUUUAGAUUUUAUUUUUAAAGUUUCCUUAACAAAGAAUUUUUUAACAGGAUUAACUUGAAUAGUGUUCUUUUGAAUCCUCAAAGGCCUACUUUCUGAAACACUGUCACACAUAUUCUUAAAAUACAGUUCCUCUUUUGUAUGUUAUUUGCCUUCUGUCCUCCAGGAAUAAAGGAAAAAAAAAAAACCACUUAAAUCAGGUGCACUAAUAUUUUCCUCAGUUUUUCUACUUUUGUGUUUCCAAAUUUACCAUAGUGUACUUUGUCUAAAUCGACAGUAUUUCUGCCAUGUUAGUGGAUAGGUUUAAAAAAAAAAAAAAGAAACAGUAUUCAUUUUCCCUUUCUAGAAAGAUGUAUGAGCUAUACUAACAUAUAUACAUAGCCGUUGAUAAGAAUUUUAUAAACCUGUUCUACUGCUGGCUUUAUUUUUAUUUUUUUACUUUUCUUUCUCAUGCUUUACAUGGGUAUGUACAUAUGUAGAGGUGUAAUAUUUUAAAAUUUCAUGUCAUUAAAGUACAUUAUGAAAAAUAAAACAACAAUGAUGUAAUAAACACCAUUUUUAACUGCCUCAUGGAAUAAACAGCUGUAACGUUUUGCCUUUUUCUUUCAGCAAAAUAUUUUAUAUAUUGUGGGUGUGUCCUUGGUAUAGUAAUUUAUUGUCUUUGUGUUUUAAAAUUUUUUCACAUAGAAGCCAGGGAUGGUGGUACAUGCCUAUAACCCUGGCACGCUGGAACCUGAGGCGGGAGGAUCAUAAAUUUAAGCCCAGCCUAGCUGAGAGAGCCAGAUCCUAUCACAAAGAUAUUUUUUUAAAAAAGAAGAUAAUGGAUUCCGAAUUAAUGCACAGUAUAGUAGGAAGCUAUCUUAAACCUCCAGAAAGAGUGUUUGUUCCACCGUUUAUCCGGGAUGAAUCAUCUCAGCAUUGCCACCCUGUGAACUUAGAAGUUACUGCUGCUAAAAUGCUUCAUAGUCCAAAUAGCCAAGCUCUUAUUUUAGCCUUAAAAACUCUUCAGGAAAAGAUUCAUCGUUUAGAGCUGGAGAGAACACAAGCUGAAGAUAACCUGAACACACUAUCCAGAGAAGCAGCACAGUACAAAAAAGCCUUGGAGGAUGAAACCAACGAGAGAAAUGUGGCACACCGGGAACUAAUAAAGCAGAAGAAAGAUAUAAGUAUACAGUUAAGCUCAGCCCAGUCUCGUUGUACUCUCCUAGAGAAGCAGCUAGAAUAUACCAAGAGAAUGGUGCUCAAUGUAGAACGAGAAAAAAGUAUGAUCCUAGAACAACAGGCCCAACUUCAAAAGGAAAAAGAACAAGAUCAGAUGAAGCUACAUGCAAAACUUGAAAAACUUGAUAUCUUAGAAAAAGAGUGUUUUAGAUUGACAACCACUCAGAAGACUGCUGAGGACAAAAUUAAACAUCUAGAGGAAAAACUUAAGGAAGAAGAGCAUCAGCGUAAGCUAUUUCAAGAUAAAGCUGCUGAGCUUCAGACUGGUCUUGAAAUCAGUAAAAUUUUAAUGUCUUCAGUUUCAAAUUCAAAACACUACAAGGAAAAGAAAAAAUCUUCAAAGAAAACUACAUGUUUAAAAAGAGGACCACCUCUGCAAAUUUAUUCAAACUUUAGAGCACCACCUUUUGAGGCUACAAAGUCCGCCAGUAUGGCCUGCUCUGUGAACGCAGAUAGGCAGCACCUUCAGCAGAAGACGCAUCGUUGUGGCUCACAUAUCCUUCCAAAACGUGCUCAAGAGAUUGAGCCCAGGUGUCUCUGUAAGCCUCCUAGAACAGUUUCCCAGUAUAAAGCUGUGCCUUGUGAAUCAGAAAACUCUAUUUCCAUUUGUGACAGUUUGUCAGAACUUUUGAUGGCAAUGCAAGAUGAGCUAGACCAGAUGAGCAUGGAGCAUGAAGAGCUACUGAAGCAAAUGAAGGAGACUGAAACCCAUUCCGUAUGUGAUGACAUAGAAUGUGAACUGGAACGUUUAGUCGAGAAAAUGGAAAUUAAAGGAAAGCAAAUUUCCAAACUGAAGAAGCAUCAGGACAAGGGGUACAGAAAGGCAGCCAUGGAUGACAUUUACAGGGUCACAUCCACAGAAAGGACCCAGCUGUUGGAGGAAGAGCUGGCUGCGCGCUUGAGUGAGCUGAAGUCUGAGAUAGAAGAACCGGGGAUCCUUCAGGGGACAGCUCCUCGAGUGUACAGUUCUAUGCAAGUACCAAAGGACAUUUCUUACUUUAGAAGAGAAAGAGAACUGGCCCUGAAGAAAACCUUGCAGGUGGCAGAGGCGAAGCCCCUUGUUAUUCAGGCCGAUGUCCUGCAGAGGGAGCUAGAGAGCUGCCUGAGAAGAGAGUACACGCCUGAAAAUUUACCUCUGCUUCUGCUGCAGUAUUACACAGGGAGAAUUGUCCAGCUGGCCCAGAGUAAAUAUUUGCACAUGCUAAGGUGGAAGAGGUUUUGCCAGCACAGCACGACCAUGGAGCAACUGUAUCCCCUUUAUAAGAAACAAGUUGCCUACAUUAUGCAAGAGUACAGGGAUGCGGCUCAGCGAGCUGAAAGAUUGUCUGUCGCCCGAGAAAACUUCCUGCUGGGAAAGCGCAAUCCUGCUAACCUCGUGACGCAGGCUGAUCUGACGAUCUACACCAGGUGGCUGGUGUGUCACUUGCACUCCCUCGGGACUAUUCACCUCUACCUGCAGGCCCUCCAGUGUUUGCCCAUCUCCAGAGUGCUGGAUCUAGAAAGCAGCCGCGUCCCUGGGGCUAAUCAGGAACAGGAAAAGGUCUGCGUUAGUGACAUCAGCCCUGACACCCAAGAUCCUGCCUCUCCUGGCUCUGUGGAUUCCAGCAUUUCAGGCCCAGUGGGUGCAGAUGCUACUUUCGUCCUGCCCCGACAUGUAACAGAAGCAGGAGAACUGAAACCCCAGCUGAAGAGCUUACUUUCCCACUUCCAAAUCCCAUAUGACGUGCGGGAGCUAAGGGACCCUGUGACGGAAAUGGAGCUUUUUUCACUGGUCUCCCAGCACUUCCAAAGCAUCUUCGUGGAACAGCAGCAAAUGCAAACAUUCCUGGACUAUGAAACUGGGGUCACUAAAGCAGAGAACUUGGGUUUGUCGGGACCUGCGGUGACCUUGAAAAAGCGAGCCAACUGGAUUCCUUUUAUGAAGAUCAAACCCAAAUGUGAUCCUUGGCAAAAGAAGAUGUUGACCAAACUCAAAGAACAAAAAAGAAUAGAUGUAUUAAUGCAAAUCCAAGCAAAGUUUUUGAAGAUUUCUGACUCCAAGCGAGUAAUGCAAGUGCUCCAGGAUCAUGCUUCGAAGACAGACACACGGAAGCCACAUCAUCCACCUUUCGUGGCUGCCCAAGGUUUGCAUCAUUGCACUUAUGACAAAAUCUGGGAGAACAUUUAUAGCAACAUCAACCUCUACCAGGACGUGAAGUAUGCUGAUUUUUCAACAGAACGAGAUGAAAAAGACCCAGCUGCAAGUCUCAGACAAGUCUCUGCGACCGACGGGCCAGUCAGACAGAGAAAAGACGCAGGGUACAGCUUCAAAGUGGCGCUACAGCGCCUGGGCUUGGACGGGACCGACGAGGAUAGCCCGGCCUUGCUGAGAGGGGCCCACCUGUCCUUCCUGUGUCUGCGCCACCUGCGGAUCCGGGAGCUCCAGCGCAUCUGCUUAGGAAUUCUCAACUACUUCAGAUCUGUUGAGCGAACUCUGACCAUCAGUACUUCAGGCCUUACCCUGGUUUCUGGGACACUGGUUCCCACCGCGGAGGACAGCUCUUGGGUAAACAUCGCAGGAGGAGGCUUGGGCACCUCGCAAGGACUCGGAGCUCACCGCUAUGUCCACGGGACGCCUGCUGAGCACAAGGUCCAUAGCAUCCAGUUCAUGGAGUUUUCGGAAGUGGACAACCAGGAUGACCACUACAGCGUAGGGGCCGGCUGUAUCCACACCCAGGACCAGCAAGGGGCGUACGUCAUGUAUGACGAGGCCUUGAGGGACCUGCAGGACCUGGAGGCAGAGCUGCUGCUGGUGGGCAGCCAUUAUAUUAAGAAAGAAAAAGGUGCCAAAAAGAGCAGCUCGUCGGAGAGUAACCAGGCCUGGGGAUGGACCCAGGCAAGCGUGGACAGGUUUGCUGUGCUGUAUGACUUGUGGACUUGGGAAGCAGCUUUUCUAGGAAACAAACACCAGCUUCUAGAUUGUUACUUUGAAGCCUACCAACAUGCUUUGGACCCCGAGGAGAGGUUUGCCUUAGCACAAGUGAUAACUGACAUUAUGCACCAACGCCCCAAAUUCGAUCUAGACCACCCUUAUUUCAUUAAGGCCUACAAAGAAGAGUGCGUCUGCCUGAGGCUUCACCUGCAGCUAGUGAGGAGCAUCCUCAACCAACAAAUAGAGAAUCAGACAGAAUACGUCCAGAGGCUUUGGAGAGACGAUCACCCAGAUGUUCAGAAUACAUUCGGAAUACCCCUUAACAUAGUUUGUCAGCAACCAAAUUCUAUCAGUAACAUCUGCCCAGCCCUGAGAAGCAUGCACCUGCUGGAGUUCCACCCCUCCCUGGGCCUGGCGGGGCUCAUCCCCCGGGCCCUGGAGCACCUGCAGAGCCAGGCCCACCGCACCCACCGGCCCGCAUCACCCAGCGCCCGUGCCCGGCUGGAGCGACGUGUCCUGCAGCUGGCCCUGGACCUGUGGCUGACCCCGACCAAGCCCGAGGCCUGGUACAGCGCGCAGCUCCAGAGAGAUCUGUUUUCAGCUAAAGUGAUGGGAGACCCCUUCCUUGUGGAGGAGAUCGGCCUGCGUGCACUUGGGUCCGCCGUGGGCGAAGGGCACACCCAGGGCCACGAUGCUCGCGUCCUGCUCCUGGAGACCUUCGCCAAGCUUCUGGAACUGCUGACCCUCCGCCACCGGCUGGUGGACAUGAGCCUGGAGAGUGCACACCUAGCUCGGCUCUAUAAGAAACUGGCACAAGAGAUGGGUUUUGAAGAGUUCCACUUGUAUCUGAGACCUGUUCAGUUUGAAUUUGCAGCACAUAGAGACAAGACGGACCCAUCAGCGCCUGUCUUUAUGACUUCCCUGCUGGAGGACAGUGGACGGGUAGACAGAUAUUCUCCAAGUACUCUUGUUUUAGCUAUCUCUGAGGUGGAUGAUAACCAAAUUGGCAAAUUUAGUUUUUAUACAGAAGAAGCCAUCCUUAAGCUCUUGUCCCAUUCGGGAGUGGAGAACAUGCAGGUGAUUCUUGCAUGCCAGGCCGCUCAGAAAAACGCUUUGAUGGUGGCUGUUCAGCAGGCAGCCUUUUACCACACCCUGCCAGAAGGCUUGCCAUCUGCUGCCCAGGGCGGCCCGGGAGACGCAGAGGCGGGGGCACCACCACCAGAAAUAAGUUCGAAUCUGAGAACUCAAGGCGUAAUGAGCCCAACCAGAAGAAGUCCCAGAACUGUGAACGGGAGAGGAGUCCCCGAUCUCCUUCCUCAUUCUCCAGAGAGAGUCCAGACCACCGCCAGGGCUCCAGAGGCUUUUGUGUCCAUUCAGCUGGAGAAGGUGGGCCUGAGAGACCUGAUGCUGGAUGCUUUCCUCCUCCGGAAACAGACCAUGGGGGACAGAAUGAAGGGCCCCGAUGCAACUGAAAAGGUCAAGAGGGAGCUUAUAAUUGAAUAUUGUCAAAAGUUUAACCGCCACAUGUCUCAUUACGCAUUCCGGGCUCAGAUCAUGUCGUACUGCAGCAGCCUGAGAGCUCUGCUAGAGGACUUUCCUGUUAUCAAAGACACCUUCUUCAUGAUGGGACAAGCACAAGACAAGAAAGGGCCGAGGGAUUUCAAAGAGGACCUCAAGGCUGACCCCAGGGGUUUUCAGUGCCAGCCUCGGAGUUUGCUGUCAGCGGACGGACAGAUCGUCCUCAAUUUAUGGUUCAUCCCACAUCCUGCCGAAGUGCUGCUCAUGUUCAGAGCUCUGCCAGAAGAGGCAGCUUUGAGGGCCUUAAAGCUGACUCUGCAGCUGAUCGCCUCACUCCAUGACAUCGUGGCCUACCUGGUCAGUUUCACUGCACUGGGCCAUCCUCCGGCCUGCCGUGAGAUCCCUCUGGGUCCUCACACUUUGAGAGACAGCUGGGGAGGAGCUGAGGACAUUGGGACUGAGCUUCAAGAGCUACAGAAGAUGCUGGACAGCCUCCAGGACCCGCGGGACCCAGCCCUGGUGGCCCAGGCGCUCUGCCUCCACAGGGAAGUUCUGUUUCUGCAGUUUGACGGUGCAGUGCGGCACCUCGUGCGAGGAAGGUUCUUGGCAGCUGGAAACAUCCCCGCCUACCAGGCUGUCACAGAUGGCAUGCACCACGGGUUACCGCCCCUGGGCAGCGCUCUGGUGAGGAGCAUGUUUGCUGCACAGCUCAGCCUGCCACAGCCGCUGGAUCCACAGAGCCUCCAGGCAUCUGUGCUGUUCCCCUGGAGAGCAUUUCUGGAAGAUGGGGGACCAUUUCCAGCUAUAAGCUGCACCCCAGACACCUUUGAGUACAGCAUGCAGCAGUGCCUCUGCGGGCUGAGUGACAGCGACCACAAGGUGGCCCACGGGGAGCUGGUAGCCAUGCGCCUGCUAAUGGACGAUGUACUUUCGCGCGGCCCUCACACAAACGGGGAGGCUUCUCCUGGGUGCCAAGCCACAGUGACCCAAAGCAGACAGCCAGAUGGGAUCAGAGGGCCCAGAUUCCGAAGUGAGCUCCCGAGCAGCCCGGCGGCCUCCGCCCCUCUGGAAGGCCGGUGCGACCCAGUGGCGGCCCUGGCCCAGCUGAGGACCUUUCUGCUGCUGUGGAAGCAGCUGGAGGUGCUGAAGGAGCACUGGGGCCGACUCAGGCUGCACGCCCAGGACCUGGACCUGGCCUCCCGGCACCAGCAGCUCUCGGCCCUCUAUGAAGCUGACAUUCUCUACCCCAGCAUGAGAGCUCUCGCAAGGCAGAUGGGGAAAGAAGAGGAAUUUGAAGGAUCUGUGAUAAAUAGUCAGUCCGUUCUGCCUCCAAAAGGAGCUUCAGAAACCGAAAUAAAAACUCAGCAGCUUCGGAAACUUCUGGAAGAGACUGAAAUUCACAUGAUCCAGGAGGUAUUACGGAAAGUCCACCGAGAGAUGACACUGGUUUUAUCAGAAAAGUCCAGGAAGGAAAGCACGCUCCCAACAGAUCUUUGGAAACAUCAAGUCAUGAAAGAAAACUUUUCAGUUAUUAGGCCACAAAUAGUUGAAAAUUUUGUACAGAGAUUAUUGCAGAACCAGCAGGACAGUGGAUCAGAGGUCACGCUCAGGAAAGAGCACCUGGAGGCCUGCCUGCUCUCCCUGGGAUGUGAUGUGAUGGCACGAGAGCGCAGCAGCUUUGAGACCUACUCCAUGUGUUACGAGCACAUACUGCAGCACGCAAGGCAGAGGCUGCACCAGAGAGAGCAGGAAUUAGAUGUGCUGCAGAGAAGUCAGGUUCCACCGGAAGACCACGCUGGGCAGGUUGCAGAGCUCAGUCACGAUCUGAUCAUGGAACUCACAGGCCUGAGAGCUCAGCUCACGGAUUUAGAAGAGGAAAACAUGAACCUCAAAAAGCAGACUAGAAAAGAAGUCCAAGAAGAAUACGAAGCGUUAGUCCAAGCUUUGUUUGUGACCUCUUUGAACAUAAAAGAGAAGCUGGAUGAGAAUCAGCUUACCUUGAUGCAGCACGUGCGUGAGCUCAUCGGUGAAGUCAGAACAGAAGGGAUUGCCAGGAUGGAAAAGCUAAAGGAAAAAUGGGGUUCGGCCAGACCCGACAGAGGACCAAAAGAAAACCCAGCCGAAGGACAAGUGUUGGAGGGAGUCUUUUCUGCAAGUGAGCCUGGCUGGCAGGAGCAGCUGCAGGCCUUGGAGCAGGAGAACAGCCAGCUGGACGCUCUGCUGUGCAAAGUGAGGAGCCUGGAACGCUGGCGGCUGGCUGUGCUGCGGGCCCGCUUCCGGGGCCAGCUGAGCAGGGCAGAGAAGGAAUCUAUUCAAAGUAAGAAAGAAUGUUCCCGCAUCAAGCUCAUGGCCGAACAAGAAGCGAGUCUGUUCCGUCAGCAGCUGCUGGCUCUCCGGCAGGCGCUGGCCAGGGCUCGGGCUGACAAUGAGAGGCUGUGGCGACAGCUCAAUAAGCAGGCUCAGCUGCUGAAGGAGUCAGAGCACAGGGCGAGCCAGGAGGCCCUCGCCCGGCAGCAGCUAGACAGCAUGAAAACAUCCAGCAUGGAGAAGCUCCAGGAAGAUGCGCGGCGGAAGGAACAGCAACUCCAGCUCCUGACUGAAGAGGCCGAGAGGGCCUCGAAGCUGGGCCGGCUACAGCGGAGGAGGCUGGAGAGGGAGCUCCUCCAGGUGCGCCCGCUCUGCACCCUUUCCGUGCCCGCCCACCUGCCCUGGCCAUCGCAGCCUCCCCGGCCUCCUAGCACACAGGAAAACGCUCUGCUCUGCUCCCCUCCCCUCCCCUCCCCUCCCCUCCCCUCCCCUCCCCUCUCUCUCUCUCAUUGGUAUAUUGUGGAACUGUGUAAUGAUAGAAUUCAUCACAGGGAAUUUGUACCUGCAUGUGGUGUAACUUGCUGCUGCUUUUUUCCCCCCUUGAUAAAUGGUAAAAACCAUUCCCUUCUGCUCCAUUCAACCCCUCUUGCCCUCCUUAUUUACAAAAGCUGUAUUUCUAUUUUUCUUUCUAUUCUUUUUUCUUGUCCCUUCUUUCCUUUCCCCCCUUCCCCUUCUCUUGUUUCCCUGCUCAUUUGAACAUUUUCUUCCCAUUUCCCAGUAUCUAUUACACAUUUUGGUACUUAUUUACACUUUAGGUUUCUCAUACCAGAGAAACAAUGUGAUAUUUAAACACGUGUGUCCUGUUUAUUUCACUUAACAGUAUGACCUCAGGGUGUACCCAUUUAUCUGGAAAUGUCUCAAGCUUAUCCUUCUUUAUGGCUUAGUGGUAUUCCAUUGCAGACAAAAACAUGGCAUUUUCUUUAUCCAUUUAUCAGUUGAUGGGCAUUUGGGCUGUUUCCACAGCUAAGCUAUUACAAACUGUGGUGCUAUAAACAUUGGUGUGCACAUAUCACUGUGAUAUGAUGCUUUUAAUUCUUCUGGGGAGAUAUUAAGAAGGAAAAUAACUGGGUCCUAGCUUUUUUUAGAAAUCUCCACACUGAUUUCCACAGUGGUUGCACCAGUUUGCAUUCCCACCAAUGGUGGAAAAGGGUUCCUUUCUCCCAGCACUUCUCAAACAUUUGUUAUUGGUUGAUUUCUUGAUAAUAGCCACUGUUUCUGGGGUGAGAUAGAGUCUCAGUAUUGUUUUAAUUAGCAUGUCUCAAAUGACCAGUGAUUUUGAAUAUAUUUUUAUAUUUAUUUGCUGUAUGCAUUUCUCCAUAUGAGAAAUGGGUAUUUUUCUCAGAUGCCCAUUUUUGGAUUAGGUCUUUAACUUUGGGAGGGAGUUCUUUGGAAAUUCUAGAUAGUAAUCCUUUGUCUGAGGAACAGCUGGCAAACAUUAUUUCCCACACUGUGGGUUGUUUCUUCAGUCUGUUGAUGGUUUCUCUUGCUGUGCAAAAGCUUUUUAAUGAGAUGAGAUCCCAUUGUUGAUUCUUUGUGACGGUUCCUUUGAGACUGGAGCUUUGUUCAUCCAGGCUGCCUACACCAGUGUCUUCAAGAGCUCUACCUAUUCUGCCUGCCAGCAGACUUAAUGCUGCUUUCAUAUUUACAUGUUUGAUCCAUUUCAGUAUUAGUUUAGUGCCUGGUGAAAGAUACGGGUCUAAUUGUAAUCUUCGGCAAUGUGGAAAGCCAGUUUUUGCAGCUCCAUCUAUUAAAGAGGUUACCUUCUAGUGAAUGUGUUUGGUACCUUUAUCAAAGAGAAGGUGGCUAAGAAUGUCUGGAGUUGUUUCUGCACCUUUUAAUCUGCUCCACUGAUCCUCAGGUCUGUUUUUCCCCAGUACCAUGCUGUUUUUUUUUUUUUUUUUUUUUUUUUUUUGUCUUUUUCAUUUUUAUCGGUACCAGGGAUCGAACUCACGACCGCCUGCUUGCAAGGCAGGUGCUUAUGCCGCUGAGCUAAACCCCCAGCCCCUACCAUGCUGUUUUUAAUCAUAGUAGCUUUGUAGUAUAAUUUCAAGUCUGGGAUUGUGAUGCGCCCUGUCUUGUCUUUGUUGCCCAGGAUUGCCGUUGCUAUUCUAGGUCUCUUCUGGUUUCAAUGAAUUUUAGGAUUGUUUUCUCUAAUUCUGGGUGAUAUGCUGUUAGAAUUUUGAUCAGAAGUACAUUAAGUAAUCCUCAGAUGAAGAAAUACAAAUGGCAAAUAAAUAUACGAAAAUAUGUUCAGCAUUACUGGUCAUUCCAGAAAUGCAAAUUAAAACACCACCAAGAUACUGUCUCAGUCCAGAAAGAAUAUCAGGCUCUAACAUCAAGAAAUCAAUGAAUAAGAAAUGCUGCAGGGGCUGUGGGGGAAAAGGAAGCCUUCCACAUUGCUGGUAGGAGGCAGACUGAUAAAAGCACUGUGCAAUCAGUGUGGAAAAUCAAAAGACUAGGAUUAGAGAUUCCAUUCAACCCAGCUAUCCCCCUUCUGGGUAUUUCCCAGAAGAAUUGAAAAUAUCAUGCCAUAUUGUAUCCAAAUAAUGAAUUCUGUAAUCCAAGUACUAUAAUCCCUUUUCUACCCUUCCUCACAAUCCACAAAGUUAUAUUUGUAAUCCUAUCGAAACAUUAUUGGAAUCCCGAUGGUUAAUUCCAAUCUGCCACCUCCCACACAACCCAUAGUUUGAGUAAAGACGUCAAGACAUAUUCACAGUGAGGGCAGCCAAGGGGUUCUAAGCCUGAUCCAAGUGAGGAUGUGCGGACAGAGGCCUGAUCUCGGGCCUCUCCCGGAAUUUAUCACCUUGUGAAGAAGGGGGUCCAAGGGUGAGUGGCAGUGAGGACGGCGGGAACUACGUGGGUAACUGCGGUUGGCUGGCCAGGUGCGGAGAGAAGCAUCUCUGCAAAAUGCAGACAGCAUGAUCCACAGAAGGAUUAGUCUGCAUAAUUCAAUUAAGGUAGCGUUUCAAUUGUAUUAGGAGGCUGUUUCUUCAGUUUCUGAUGUGUAAACGUUUGUGCCCUGGGAGUCGUAACCUCUCCCUUGAGGCUCCUACCCAGUUGACAUUCCUGGAGCUGACUGGCUCUGCCGUCCUGCUGCACUUCGAUCUUUUACAGAGUGCAAUGGGAGGAAACAGGAAACUGUCAGUUGGUGUAAAAGAUUACACACUAGUACCAUAGCUGGCCUUAUCUGCAUCACUUAGAGCCUGCUGAAGGGAGAAGGGAACAGCGUAGCCCACUCUGUACCUAACAGGAUAAGGAAAGAAGGCUGAUAUUGCAGCAGUUGUUCUGGGUGCAAAGGGAGUCACUCAGAUUGUCUCCUACAAUACCACAGCGACAUACGUGCACUCAUGUUUAUGGUUGCACAAUUUGUAACAGCAUUUGAAACAACCCAAAUGCCCAUCAACCACGGGAUGGAUAAAAAAGAUGUGGUAUUUCUAUACAAUGGAGUAUCACUCAUCUAUAAAAGAUAAACCUGAGGCCUUUAUAGCUAAAUGGAUGCAACUAGAGACCACACUCCUAAGUGAAAUAAAAUGGACUCACAUGUGUAAACACAGUAUUGUCUCACUAGUGUAAGAAACUGAAGAAGACCCAAAAGUCACAAUAGAUACAGUGGAAGGGAAAGAAACUGCUCAAGGGAAAUCACCGUUUGAUCAAUUUCGCAUCCCUGUCUCUGGUAACCUGAGCAACUAUUUUGAAGAUAACAACACAUAAUACAAUAUCUACUGUUAAACUCCUACCGUCUUAUUUUGAUAUCCUGUAUCACUAUUUUCUUGUUGUCAUCGUUUGGCCUUUGUUGGUUUUAUUCGUUUGUUUGUUUGUCGUUUGAUUGGUUGCUUUCUAAAUUUUCUGUGCUUUUUUUUUCUCUUUAAAAUAAAAAAGAAGCGCAUUAAGUCUGUAUAACAAUUUUGCAUGGUUCUUCCUACCCAAGAACAAGGGAUACCUUUCUAUUUUCUGAUACUCUCUUCAAUCUCCUUUUCCAGAGUACUAUAGUUUUCAAUGUAGAGGUCUUGUACUUUCUUAAUUAGGUUGACUCCUGAGUAUCUCAAUUUUUUGGAUGCUGGUGUGAAAGGUGUUGGUUACCUAAUUUCUCUCUCAGUGAGUUUGUUAUUUGUAUAUAGAAAAGAUAUUGAUUUUUGAGUGUUGACUUUGUAUCUAGCCAUGCUACUGAAUUUGGUAAUUAAAUCUAGAAGUCUUUUGGUGGAGUUUUUGGGGUGUUCUGUAUGGAGUAUCAUGUCAUCUACAAAUAAUGAUUAUUUAACUUCUUUCCAACCUUUAUUCCUUUUAUUUCUCUUUUCAUUAUAAUUGUUCUGGCUAAUAUAAUUUAUAUUUUCAGAACUAUAUUAAAUAAGAGUGGAGAUACUGGACAUCUUUGUCUUGUUCCUGAUUUUAGAGUGAAAGCUUUCAGCUUUUGUCCAUUUAGUAUGAUGUUGGCUGUUGGUUUUCUUAGAUGGCUUUUAUCAGAUGAGAUAAAGACCUUCUGUUCCAGUCUUCUGGAGGGUUUUUAUCAUGAACCGGUAUUGUACUUUGCCUUUGUCAAACUUUAUCAAAUGCUUGAUUUUGUCAAAUGCUUUUUCUGCCUCUCUUGAGAUGAUCAUAUGGUUUUGAUUCUUGGCUCUUUACUAUGGUGUAUUCUGUUAACUGACUUACGUAUGUUGAACCAUCCCUGCAUCCUUGGGAUGAAUCCUACUUGGUCAUGGUGUAUAAUCUUCUGGGUGAUUUGCUCCAUUGUUUCCAUUAUCUUUUUGAGAGGUUUUUUGUUUUUUGGUAUAUGGAAUCAAACUCACAACUUUGUGAUUACCAGGCAGGUGCUUAUGCCACUGAGCUAUUGAGAGGAUUUUUGCAUCUAUGCUCAGUUUAGAGAUCGGCCUACAGUUCUAUUUUUUGGUUGGAUCUCUGUGGCUUUGAUAUCAGGCUGAUGCUUGCUUCCAGGAAUCAAUUUGGGAGGACUAGCUUCCCUUUCAAUUUCAUUAGCGUUUGAGAUGUAGGACCAUUACGUAUUCUCUAAAUGUCUUUUUUUUAAAAUAAAAUAAAACAAAACAAAACAGAACAGAAUAAAGCAGACCAGAACAAAACAAUGCAAGCAAUACAGGAUUUCAAAACAUCAGGAAAUCAGUAGUGGCUACCACAAUGUCUCCUGUUUUCUCCAUCUAAAUGUCUUUUAGAACUCAGCAAUUGUUUGGUUAGGGCCUGGGCUUUUCUUUGUUGAUAGGUUCUUAAUUACAUCUUUGAUUUUUUUUUUUUACUGAUAUUGGUUUAUUUAGAAUUUUUGUAUCUUUUUGAUUCAGCUUUGUUAAUUCAUUUGUACUAGGAAUCUGUCAUUUCUUCUGCCUUUUCUGUCUUAUUAGAAUAAAAAUUCUCAAAUGAAAAAGACAAAAAAAAAGAAUAAAAAUUCUCAGAGUAGGUAUUGAUGAUCUUCUGGGUUUCUGCAGGGUCUGUUUUAAUUUCUUCUUCUUCAUUCCUAAUUGCAUGGAUUUGGGUCUUUUCUUUUCUUUUUUGAUAAGGUUGUCUAAGUAAUCACCAAUUUUAUUUAAUCUUUCAAAGAACCAGCUCUGCAAUUGACAGAUUCUUUGUAUGGUUUUCUUAGUCUCCAUUACAUUAAUUUCUAGUCUGAUCUUUAUAAUUUUCUUCCUCAUGUGAGCUGUAGUGGACUGAAAACUGAUGGUUAACUUAAACCACAGUUGAACUGAAUCAGUGUGGUGAGGACUGUUGCCAGCAUAAAAGGGAGACGUGAAGAAGAGAAGAGCAGCACUGCAGGUUCUCCUAAGCACUGUUGUUGUUUGGAGCUGUUGGUUCUUUUGGAGAAGCUGAUCACGCUGGCUUUCCUGAUGUGAACUCGGCUGUUCCCAUCAUUGGAGAAGCUUGGGACCUCGUUAUCACUGAGGAUGACUUGAUACUUUUGGGGGAAGAUCUGGUCCUUACCUUGUGCAUCACUUCCUGUCUCCAAUGGUGGAAUAGGUCCUUUAUGACACUGUCAUAGACUUUCUAGCUUCCGCCAUGACCUUUGGGCCUUUCCAGUGCAGAUCCAUGGAACACACUUGCAUGAGACAUUGUUGCAGGCUGUAGGCCGCCAGUUGGACUUGUCAGGAUCAUUUGUCAUGGACUCUGAGUCUUCAGCUGGCCUUGUGUAGCACAUCGACAUUCAUGCCCUUAGCUGGAUUCUUUGGGUCUCUAGUGUGUGGACAGAUUUCCUGGAUUUUUUUAUAUUUGACUCUUUGGGUAACGAUUACAAAAUAGUACUAUAAAUUAUGUGUCCUAUAUUAAAUUGUUUUCCUUGCAAACUCUGACUACAACAAUCUUGUCUCUUUCCAGAAUGUCCUUCAGAACAUUUUGGAGUGCUGAUUUGGUGGUCAUGAAUUUCUUGAGGUGUUUUUUUGUCAUGGAGGUAUCGUAUUUCUCCAUCAAUUUUGAAAGUUAGUUUUACAGGGUAUAUCAAUCUAGGUUGGAAAGGUGUUUGGUUUUAUUUUGUUUUAUGGCUUGAAAUACUUCCCUCUAAGCUCUUCUUGAUUUGAGGAUUUAUGUUGAGAAGCCUGCUGUAAUUCUGAUGGGCUUUCCUUUAUAUAUGAUUUGUUUCUUUUAUCUAAUAGCUUUUUUUUGCUAGCAGGAAUCAAACUCACGACUGCGUGCUUACAAGGCAGACGCUUAUGCUGCUGAGCUAAAUCCCCAGCCUCUCUAACAGCUUUUAAUAUUAUGUUGUCUUGAAUUUCUGGAAUGUUGACUAUUGUAUGCCUUGGUGUAGUUUUUUUGGUCAUGGAUAGUGAAGUUCUGUAUGCCUUGCUUAUCUGGUGCCAAAUACUUUUUCCAUUCCUGGGAUGUUUUCUGGCGUUAUUUUGUGAAUAGGUUAUGUUGUUUGUGCUGUCUCCUGCUUUUUCAUUGACUCUGAUUAAUCUGAUGUUAUUCUUAUUUGCAUCAUCUAGCAGCUGCUGGAUUCAUUUUUUAUGGUCCCUUGCUAUUUUAAGAAGCCUUCCUUUGCAUGACCACUAACUGCAAUCCUGUAUUCUAUAGCUGAUAUUGUCCUCACACUGAGUCAUUCUACUAGGGAUGUGCUCAGUAGAAUUUUUAAUCUUCUGUAUAUCUGUUUGAAUCUGUUUCAUGUGUUCCAUUUUUUUUCCUGUUUAGCAUUCAUUGUUUCCGUCAUUUUCCUAGCCUCCUUUAUUUUUUAAAAAUCUGCUCUCGAGUCACAAACCAUGACUUUCAUUAUGGUCACCAUUUCUGUAGUUAUCCCAGAGAUUAUUUCUGAUUUGAUUUUUGUCUUGAGCCUCAUUUAUCUGCCUCAUCACCUCCACCUUUCCCACUUUGGAAAGUCCAAGUGGGUGGCUUUCCAAUUGUUUCAUCUCAGCACCACCCGGGUUUGCCAUGGUGAGCUGGAAGUCUGGGGUUGUAUCUUGCUUAACUGUCUUUCCAUUUUCUCUUUAAUAUUUUUAGUUUAAUUCCCAGGUUUAUGCUUAUAAAUUGCUUAUGGCAGGUAGCUUUAUUACUAGUAUUUAGAAUCCUUCAGAAAUGACUACUCAGAGAUGUUUUCCAUGUGUAGUUGAUUUUUGGGUUUUGACUGUUGCAAUACUCUAUGUCUGAUGUUUAUUGGGAAUGAGGAGUUGUUGCCUAUUGGCCUGGCCCCUGGUUCUGUGCACUGGCCUACCAUGUUGUUUAUUACCCUUAGGUGAUCUCAGUUUUGGCACACCAGGAAGAAUGACUAAUUGUAUAAUUAUGUCACCUUAGCUAAAGUAGCACAAUCAAUAACAAUAGCAUCAAACACAGUACAGAAAAUGGCAAACAGUGGUAAACAUUAAUUUGCCACCUUUAA